GCAGAUUUGCCCAUGCUACAUCCACUUUUCUGGUGGUUUUAGCCUUGCCAUCACUCGCAGUCCCUGCUGCGGGAUUGGCAAGGCCAUUGCUCCUGGACAUAAAGGCGGAGUCCUUGGGCGAGCCACGAAGAACGAAGAUGUCUUCCCCAAUGCGGUCAAGAUCAUUUUAGACAAGCAGUAUGUUCCGGUGCUCAGGAACAAUCGGACUGUCAUGUACAAAACAGCUUACUUCGGGAGCAUUUUCGUAGGCCUGCCCCACCCGCAGAAGUUCACAGUGGUGUUUGACACAGGCUCAGGACAUUUCAUUGUUCCCUCCAAGAAGUGUGAGAUGCCAGCAUGUUCUAAUCAUUCUGCAUACGACCGUCAGUUGUCCCUUUCAGCUGUGGACCUUGACCAUGAUGGAAAUGAAGUCCCCUCCAACUCAGAGCGGGACCAGGUGGCAAUUGCCUACGGGACUGGAGAGGUGGUCGGCGAGUUCGCCCGUGAGGCUGUGUGCUUGUCGAACCAUGAGGGACAGAAUGAGGAGGAGGGUUUGAAAUCCUCCGACUGUCUUCAGGUUCGAGUGGUCCAAGCCACGGAAAUGACAGAUGAACCAUUUCAGCAGUUUGAGUUUGAUGGAGUUCUGGGCUUGGGUUUAGAAAGCCUUGCUCUGGAUCCAGAGUUCAGCUUCUACGGCCAGAUGGCAAGGGCUCAAGUGCAAGAGGUUCAAGCGCCGGGGCUUGACCACCCAGAGGGUGUCACCAGCGAGCACAUCAAGACCCAUUUCCAAGAUGGGCGAGUCGUCGAAGACACUGUCCCUGAAAUCCAGUUGAAUCCAUCAGAUGGAAAAGACUUUGACCUCAUUCUCAAAGCUCCGUUUCCGAACAUUGAGAUCCUUCGUUGGGAGCCACCACAUUGCCGAGACAGAGAGGCGAAGAAUUGGUAUACUUUGGACAACCGUCGUUUGUACUGUUUGCAGCGGAUGGCAGCUGAGCAUUGGCCGAAGCGCGUGGGUGCUGUUGUUGACAUUUUGUACGCUGACACCGGACGGGUCCGGAAGAAGUACGACUCGACGACGGAAGGACGCUCUGUGACCAUAUCUCCCUCGGUGAAGGUUCCAGCUCUUAGACGAUGGGACUGGCGGGUGCAGAUUGCACAGUCUCGACUUGUGGGUCAAGAUGAAGCAGCGAAAGCUAUGGACGCUGUGAAUAGAGACUGUGCGAAACCCACUGUCCAUGAUCUCUGUGAUGUACCGGGUCCAGCAUUUGAAACGAUGCUCAAGGAUCAGACUGCUGACUUCGUGUCUAGCCUGGCAGCUCUCCUGAGCACAACUCGGGAUCAACGUCAGCCUGCGGGUGAAGGCACUGCAGCAUCUCCAACCGAAAGCACUGCAGCUUCCGAAGCUUCCGAAGCUUCUGCAGAGAGCAGGCAGGGAACGCCUCGUGAGGAGCAUUUGCCAGAGAGCUCAAGUCUCGAAGAGGAGGUGAUUGAGCGGGUGCGAACACAACUUUCUCAGCCAGGACAAAAGGGCUUUGUCUGGAUUGAGAAUUGGAAUGAGCGCUAUCAGAAGGAACUUGGAGAGAAGGGAGAGAAGGAGAAGGGAGAGAAGGGCAGGAGAGAAGGGCAGGAGAGAAGGGCAGGAGAGAAGGGCAGGAGAGAAGGGCAGGAGAGAAGGGAGAGAAGGGCAGGAGAGAAGGGAGAGAAGGGAGAGAAGGGAGAGAAGGGAGAGAAGGGAGAGAAGGGAGAGAAGGGAGAGAAGGGAGAGAAGGGAGAGAAGGGCAGGAGAGAAGGGCAGGAGAGAAGGGCAGGAGAGAAGGGCAGGAGAGAAGGGCAGGAGAGAAGGGCAGGAGAGAAGGGCAGGAGAGACGGGCAGGUUGAUCCGGAGGAUACAAAGCUUCUGCUUCGACCGGCAAACUUGCUCCAAUUUUUGGAGUCUUUAUCGCAAAAGAGGACCUCCUUCCUAGCCGUUCCUCCCGACCGGAAGGAAACCUCGCCUGGGGCGCCCGAUUUGGCAUCAGAGCUGGCCGCGCUGAAGGCAGCGAAGGGAGCAGCUCCAGCGGCUCCAGGAUUAGCUGGAGAUUUGGCAGCGUUGUUGGCCAAGAAAAGAGAAAAAGAGAGCCAGGCUCGGGAAGUUGCCGCGGCUCCUUUGCAUACCGUGAAGCUAGUGAAACAAUAUGUGCCAAUUGAAAAAAAUGGCAGCGUGAUAGCGUACAAAACAGCUUACUUUGGCAAGAUCCAAGUUGGCUCUCCAGAGCCUCAAGAUUUCACAGUGGUUUUUGACACUGGAUCAGCUCACUUGGUGGUGCCCAACAGCGCGUGCCAGCGCGAAACCUGUUUGAAACACAAUAGAUACAAUGAGAGCAAAUCCGAGACUUCGAUUCCGAUUGAGCACGAUGGUACCAUCCUUCCCAGAGGCUCUGUGUCCCAACACUCGGUGAGCAUCACUUUUGGAACCGGAAAGGUGACCGGAACAUUUGUGAGAGACAAGGCCUGCCUGAAAGGUGACGAUGACCUGGGCUGUGCCACAGUGAACAUGGUUGUGGCGAAUGAUAUGAGCGAUCAGCCAUUCAGCCUGUUCCACUUCGAUGGCAUCCUCGGUCUGGGCUUGGAAGCUUUAUCUCUGGGUCCUGGCUUCAGCUUCUUUGGAGAAAUGGCUCUGCCGGUGCAGCGCUUUUCCGUCUUUUUAGCACGGACUGACCAGGGCCAAAGCAGCAUCUCCUUCGGUGGGCAUGAUGAGAGCAAGGCUGCAUCUGGCUUCAGCUGGGUACCUGUGGCGAAGCCAGAACUGGGCUAUUGGCAAGUCCAAGUCCACCAGGUGCGAAUUGGUGACACUGUCUUAGAUGAGUGCGUUGAUGGAGGCUGCCGAGCGAUUUUGGACACUGGCACCUCCUUACUUGGCGCUCCCCGCCAGGCCAUCAAGACCUUGCAUUCGUUGCUAUCGCGAAACGUCUUGGUCGCACCGAAUGGCAUUGGUCACGGUGAAGGAUUCGUGACCCAAGAAGCUGCAAAUCAAGCCUUGUCUGAGGAUUGCCGGAACCAGGAGGGUGACAAACUCACCUUUGAUUUGGGACCUGAUGUUCCCGGCAUUGUUUUGGAUGCCGAGGACUACUUUCGGCCAAAACCUUUCAAUAUGACAGUGCCGGAAAUUGAUGGAGCCUGGAAGCUAACGUGCCGUUCGCUGCUGCUGCCUCUGGAUUUGCAGGCGCCUCUGGGCCCCAAGACCUUCAUUUUAGGUGAACCGGUCUUGAGGAAGUACUACACGAUCUACGACUGGGCUUCGAAGCGGGUUGGCUUUGCCCAAGCCGACCACAGCCAAGAUGGCGAGGCACAGGGUGCGAUCGGUUCUCCGGAGGAGGGCUCCCUGGUUGCAGGAGCACCUUUGAGCAAGAAAGGUGUAAACUCAGAACGCUUCGCUUCGCAGCUGCAUUGGGCUCCCGUUGCGAAGCCUCAACAUGGACAUUGGCAGCUCGCUGUACGAAAUAUUCGUGUGGGUAACGAGACAUUGGAGCUUUGCGAAUCUGGAGAUUGCACCGCCAUAGCAGACACUGGCACUUCUUUGAUUGGCGUGCCAAAGGCGUUUGUGCAGAAGAUGCACUGGCUUCUUGCACGUCGCGUUGACGACGAUAAAGUCCCAUCCGCCGACUCCACUGACUACUUUGAUUGUAGGAAUCAGCCAGGGCCUGACAUCGUCUUCGAUUUGGGCGAUGGGCUGGAACUUUCGAUUGGCGCUGAGGAAUACUCGCGCCCAGCGGCUUUGAGAGUUAUCACCAACGCUACUGGGGAGGAGGAGCUGAUUUGCCGGGCAUCUCUGCUGCCGGUCGAGGAGAUUCCCACCUUGGGACCCAAGACCUGGAUCCUGGGCGAGCCGGUGCUGCGGAAGUACUACUCCGCCUACGAUUGGAAGAAUCAGCGAAUCGGCUUUGCCGAAGCCGUCCAACCAGCCCCGCAGCCAGAAGGAGCUGCUCCAAACCACCGC